AUGCCCUCAAUCCAGGCCCAGUUGGAUCAUGUGGUGCUCCUGGUCCCCUACAAGGACCUCGUGGAUCCACCAAAAUGGAUAACCGAUCACUUCACCCUGAGUCCCGGAGGCCGACAUGCAGAUGGCAAGACCGAGAACCGGCUGGUGAUCUUUGCAGACGGCAGCUAUCUCGAACUGAUCGCUUUCAUUGACGACGACCCCAAGCAUCGCCUGGGACACUGGUGGGACAAACCCUAUGGGGUGGUGGACUACGCAUUGACAACACCAGAUGAGACAUUUGCGGAGCUCGGAUCGAUCAAGGAGCGGCUGGCGUCCACCGAUACGGGCAUAUCGUACUCCUCGCCCAAGGAAGGUGGUCGCCUCAAGCCCGACGGGCAGGAACUGAGAUGGAGGGUGACAUUUCCAGAGGGAACCUCUCGAGGCAAGCAAACGCUCGGUCGGGAGGCAACAGCUGCCUGUACGAGACAUUGACUGACGGUGCCAAUAUUUUGGGUUAGGCACGGUUCCAUUCUUCUGUCACGACGUCACUCCACGCAGUCGGCGAGUACCUGACGAGAACACAAGACAUCCUUCGGGAGUGCUCGGAAUGGCUGGAGUUCUGUUGGAGGUCCAAGAGGCGUCAGUCUCGCGCCUGAGCAGCGCCACGGCCGCUAUCCUGGACCACGAUUUGGAAGGCGAGGGGAGAUACGGUCUCGAGGUGCCACAUGAAGUACGCAGCGCCAAGAAGCCCUCCAUCAGGAUCCAGCAUGCGGCCGCCGAUGCGAAGAAAGAGGUGUGCCUGUCGAUUGUCUUACAGACGACCCAGCAUCUCCCCGAUAUCCGUCACCAGAUCGAGGAUGGGACGGUAUCUGUUGUGUUUGAACUCCCGAGCCGGUAG